UGGUCCGCUACUCAUCGCGUCACUUCCACCAAAACAAACCCGAAGCAGCUGACAGAGCGAACGGGGUCUGAAACUUUCAGAAACUGGGAACUGUGUUUUCAACACCCUGGGAGUUUGAAGAUGAACACCGCCCUGAAGCAGUGGAAGGAGGCGGCCACUCUUAUCCUCGCCGCGGGCCGCAGGCUCGGUGCGGACAGCUUGUCGUCAAGGACACCGCCGGAAAGCGGCGCGGCGGCGCGCAGCUCCCGCUUCGACUACGACGUGUUGCUGCUGAAGCGAAGCGCCAAGAGCUCCUUUAUGCCCAACGCGUAUGUUUUCCCAGGAGGGAUGGUGGACUCUGCGGACUUUUCCAGCGAUUGGUUAGACGUGUUUCGAUCUUUUCUUAAUUGCCCUGGUUUUGGGUUGAGGAGCGUCAGUCAGCCGGCGGAGACCAGACCCCCGAUCUUCGGCACAAACCGAUUAAAACUGGGCUCUCCCAUCCCGGGGGAGGUGGCCCUGCGAAUCUGCGCCGUCAGGGAGACUUUCGAGGAAUCGGGAGUGUUGCUGGUUGUGCCGAAAAAGGAAGAGGAGCGGCUGAUAAAUAGCUCCCAGGACACGUUUUGCAGUCGGCAUCACUCGGAACACAAGCUGCGCGGUGACGAGCUUUCCAGGUGGAGGGCUCUGGUGAACCAGAACCCGUCCAACUUCAUCAGGAUGUGCCGGGAGCUGGAGGUGCUGCCCAACAUCUGGGCUUUACACGAGUGGGCCAACUGGCUGACCCCCAGCGGCAGAUAUGGGAGGACCAGGUUCGACACGGCCUUCUUCAUGUGCUGUUUGCAGGAGAUGCCGAGCGCCCUGGAAGAUGAUAAGGAAAUUGUGCGCUUUCAGUGGUCCACACCCCCAGAGGUCCUGCAGAGCUACCAGGCCCGGCAGCUUUGGAUUGCUCCUCCACAGUUCUACGAGCUUAGCCGGAUGUGCCGCUUCCCGCUGCUGAAUGACCUCCACAGCUUCGCCCACCAGCGGGCCACAGAGGGCUGCGAUCAGUGGUUGCCUGUCGUCGUCCUACAAGACGAGCACCACAUUUCCCUGCUCCCAGGUGACAAACUUUAUCCACUGGACUCCUCGAGCCGGGCAGAGGGUGAUCACACCAAAGACUCUCCGUUGGAGGAUCCACCAGAUGCGUCUGAGCUGCACCGCUUAGUGAUGUCAGACCCUUACACCAUAACCCUGCAGAUCACUGUCAAACCCAAGUACAACCACAUCCCCCCUGUUACGGAGCCGGCCUUGGCACAUAUUUUAAAAAGUCAACUAUAACCUGCACUUUUUUUUUUCCUUAAUUUUUCUGCCACAAGUACAAAAAGAGAUUAUUAAUUCUGCUGACAGAAUGUCCUGAUCACUAAUAAAUGCAUCAUGAUUUGUUGGUGUCUUGAUUAUUUUAGAUAAGCUCAUCUUCGGAUGCACUUAUUAGCUCAGGUUGUAGUUUGAAUAUCUUUAAACAAAGCUGAAAUAGUUGUUAACUGCCCAAGCUCCUGCAGGAGCUGUAUUGGAUUUUAUCCAGAUACAAUUUCUUUGGGCUGGAACUACAAAAUAAUUCAGAAUUAUCAGCUGUUACGCUGGCGCAUGUUUGGGGACUUUUUUUUGCAUCAGACUUGAUGCUGAAGCUACUGAUCUUCAUUGGCGUUGCAAUGCAAAGAGAAGCUGCGUGCUCUCAGUUACUCAUUUGCAUUGGCAGCACACUCACAAUGUUUUCACCAUAGCCAUGGUGAUGCAUCAAGUGCCUGUUUAUGUUAUCCAGAAGGAUUCCUCAAGCAGGUGUGAUGGGUGAGGAGAAAACAAUGUACCUUCAUUUAUGGAAAUCAUCUUAAAAUAUGUUUUUGUGUAAAAAAAAUUUGAGUUUUUGUGACAUUUAUGUUGCUUAAGCUUAUACCUCAUGCACAGGUUGGAAGUAAGCAUUUGUCUGGUCAUUGUAAGAAGCUUGUCCUGUUUUUGCAAUGCUUGUAUACCAUUUUGUUCAAACUAUAGCUUAAUUUUCAACAAUUUAUCAUUUUAGUUUUUAUUUUCAUUUUCAUUUUACAAAGUAAAGCAACAUUGAUGUAAGAUAUUGAUUUUGACCUAAAUUAGCUUCACAGCAGAAACAAAAUAAUCUUGUCAAAUAACAAUGGGCAAAAUUGUGUUGUGAAGAAAAACAUUGUUGUGCUAAUUUGGGUUUAUGUUUUCAUUUUUCCACAGUUUUUUCCAUGAUAGCAUCAGUAACUGCUGUGAUGAAGUUUAAAAAUGUGAAUAAACCCAUUUACCCUGUUCUGUUAGGCAGUUCUAGUGGAUUAACCUAUUUAAUUAAAGGCACCUUUUAGUUUUGGAGGGAAAUUCUGUUUUCGUGCAUCUUUGUCUUCAGUUUUUAAGUGUAUUCCAACACUCUCUUGUACCAAAUAUGCCAAAGUGGAUUAAAGUAGCAUCUUCUCCUA